UUGCACCUUGGAUACAUUUCAUGAGGACACAGUAUCUUGUAUUACUGAACUGUCCAUGACUAAAGAUGCUACCACUGUUCUCCAACAGAGAGAUGAUCCAUCAUCCUGCUGUUUCAAAAGAUUUUGGUCUGCUUACCAUCGUGGAAGAGAGUAUAUGUCCACUUUCUUUUUGAAUCCUUCCAAUUAAAUGGACAACAUCCCAAAUCUUCAUAUGAGAGAGCCUGGACAUUAUAGAUCUUCUGGGGCAUCAGUUCUUGGCAAUUUGCAGUAUCAUAAUUAUUCAUCUUCCCUUGCUAUUUCAGACACAUUAGCGGCAGGCGACACUCAACCUCAGCAGAACUCCAUUGAGCUUCCAGUUUCACUAGGCUCGACUCGAGGGAAUCUUGAAACGGUCACUUCCUGUACUGGUGAGCAUGCUUAUGGCUCAUGGAAGGAUGGGAAAAAUGAGAUGUCAUUCAUGCAAACAGUUAGUGUUGCAAUAGAGGAUGAGGAGGAUCUUCUUCAUGGCAAUGAACCCCAGAUUAGUCUGCAGAGAGAGUUGGGCAUGUUAGAUAGGCAGAGCUUGUCCGUGCAGCUGUCAGAUGUUUCAACCAUGCCUUGCCAAGGAUUGUCACUGAGCCUAACCACACAAAUUCCAGUCCCUUCAAUCCAGUAUCUGCCUGGUAGCUCUGAUCUCUCUCUCUUUUGUCCUCAUCAAACAACCUCCGGAAGUGGUGUGUCAUGCAGAAAUCAAAAUUAUCAGAACAUGACUGUGCAUGCUAACAAUUGCCAGCACAGCCAUCCAAGUGUUGCUAGUCCAGUUCUAAAUUUUAAGUAUCUAAAGGCAGGACAACAAUUACUUAAUGAAGUUGUAAAUGUCCACAAGGCUCUGAAGCAACAUUCAGAUAAAGCUCAAAAUCUUCAUUCUUCUCCUAUUAACAGUAUGGAUAAGGAUGGUACUGCAAAAUCAAAAGGUGAAGGAAAGUCAACAAACCCUCAAGACUCUACCAUCAACUCGUCUACUGAGCUGUCACUCUCUGAAACGCAGGAUCUUCAAGACAAAGUGACCAAACUACUGGCAAUGUUGGAUGAGGUGCAUAUUUCUUUUGCUAUUGACCUCCAUAAAUUUUUCUUUUGCAUACCCAAUUUUUUUACUAUGAUUCUUUCAAAAUUGGACUUUUGAUAAACAUAACUGUGGUUAAAAACUUAAAAUUCAUGUGGAAGUGUUCUAAAAUUGAAUUUUUGGUUGUGUACUGUGACAUUCCCCUGCCUUGUCCUAUGCACCAGAUUUGCAUUUCAAAUGCCUCUAAAGUAUGUAACUCUGCCAACUG